AAAUAUUUCUGAAGAAAGAUAUGUUGGUCUUUCAUGUACCAGUGAAGAAGCCAGACAGCAGGAAACAGAAGAUGAAUAUGGGACUUGUGUCAAAAGUGAACACAUGCCACAAAAUACUGCUGAGUCUAUUCAGUCUGAAAAUACCUUUUGACACUAAAUGGAUGUCCACAAAGAGUGAGGAGAAUACUGAAACACAGUUUAGGGUUCCAGGUUCUCAGCUUCUUGAUGGUACUGUGAAAUCUGACAUUAGUGUGACAGCCUACCUACAGCAAGCUGAUGAUGCCCAAAGUACCUGGACAAAUUUGCUUCUCUCAGAAUGCUUUACUGAUAGCAUGAAUGAAGACAAUAAUACCAUGCCAAUGUUAGAUUCAAAUCAUGGUCAAAGACAGAGAGAGGCACUGCUUGCAGAGGAAAAAGUAUUAAAUUAUAUGGAACAGCUAAAGGAAAGCUCAUCCCAAAUGGACAAUAAAUUCCUUACAGAUACUCCUUAUGUGAGUGAUAAUAGUUCACUUAGGGACCCAACACAUCCAGACACCAGUUGGAAGCAUGGUCAAAUAGAAAGAGGUUUUGAAAUUCUUACAGAAAAUAAAAAUAGAGUAAAUGUUAUGGAGGAAUGUGAUGUCACGGGACUAAGUAAUAGCCCCAUUCAGAUGGAAAACCUUGGGGAAAUAUUUGAUGCAACAGUAAUUAAAUCUGCUAGAGAAACUCCUGCUGCAAGUAAAGAAAAAGUAAAUGUUGAUCAAGGUUUUCUUGACAUUCAAGGGGCAAGAUCAGAUGAAUUUAAGAGAGGUGGUAACAUUUAUCCUCCUUUAAAACAACAUACAACAUGCAUAAAAGAAGAUGGCCAUUCAGAACUCAGUGAAGUUGAAUUCUGUUUUGAGGACAUGGAAAGAGGGGGAAAAAGUAUACGAAAUGAAAAGGAUUUUCUGCUAAAUAUGGAAGAAAUGCAUUCAAAUGAAUGUAACACUUACUCUUUGUCCUGCACCUGAUACAGUGAAACCAAAGGAGAUUAGCA